UUCUGGAGUUGCUAGACGGGAGCGGCUUAUGGGACACGUCUCAUUUAGAGUUUAACAGCAGAGGGAGUGGACGCCCCGAGAGUGUCUGUGUUUUUGGAUGCCACAUUCAAGCGAGAGGUAGAAAGAAAGGCAGUAAUGGCAGACAUCCGGAAGAAACUAGUCGUGGUGGGGGACGGCGCGUGUGGGAAAACAUGUCUAUUGAUCGUAUUCAGCAAAGACGAGUUUCCCGAGGUGUAUGUUCCGACUGUGUUUGAGACAUACGUGGCGGACAUCGAGGUGGAAAACAAGCAAGUCCAGCUAGCUUUGUGGGACACAGCUGGGCAGGAGGACUACGACCGGCUGCGGCCCCUCUCCUAUCCGGACACUGAUGUCAUUCUGAUGUGCUUCUCCGUGGACAGCCCGGACUCGUUGGAAAACAUCCCCGAAAAGUGGGUCCCCGAAGUCAAACAUUUUUGUCCCAAUGUACCUAUUAUAUUAGUGGCCAACAAGAAGGAUCUCCGCAACGACGAGAACGUAAAGAACGAGCUGUCCCGGUUGAAGCUAGAGCCAGUGAAGGCAGAGGACGGCCGGGCCAUGGCCACGCGCAUUGGCGCAUAUGACUAUUUGGAGUGCGCUGCCAAAACCAAGGAGGGGAUCUGGGAGGUAUUCGAAACUGCAACACGGGCAUCUUUACAAAAACGGAAAAUACCAUCAGAAAGUUGUCUCAAAUGCUGUGUUUUGAUGUGAAUCGACGCUGUCUGGAGAACUGUGACGCGCAGACAAGACGCUUCCACCGCUGGGAUCCGUGUCUGAACAUGUACGGGCAGUGGCCAUGGUUUGGUUACUCCCUUGUAAUCAGACGACCUUGGUUCAGCCAAAACGAAUGACUGAAAACAAGUUGUUUUUAACACACUCGGUGAUAAUCUAAAAUCUGUGUGUGUGUGAGAAAUGCACUGAUUAAAGCAUGUUCUUUGCGGGUCACAUGAUCCCAGUAUGACAGGUGGAGGGGUAAAAAGGACAAACUUCAUGUCAGCGGACGCCUUAUUUCCCCCUGUCUAAUGUGGACAUGUCCUUUCUCAAGGCCUGCUUUUGGGCCUCGGUUUAAAUUGCUCACUUUUUGUGUUUCAAGUGUUUGCAUAGGCCACUUCCUUACUGCCAAGGUUUCAGCCUACUUUGUAAUAAGCAAAUAUUGCACUCGUUUAUGUCCACUUUGUAUUGUAACAAUGAAUAUUUAGUUUGUGAAAUUGCACAGCAGAAUUACUGUUCGACACUACAGCAAUUCACAGAAAGUUUUGAACUUUCUAACCCUUAGUUCAAAUCAGCGCAACAAUGUUCUAUGGCGUUUCUUCUGAUGUUUUACCCAUGAAUAAAGACAUAGCUUCAGUUUACAGUUAAACAAAUCAGGUGUGAGUUGGAACCACAUCCGAAAAGUAUGUUUUGGACUCCACGGUAUUACAUGUCUAUAGCCUGAUGCUAGUAUUUUUAUUUAUUUUUUGCAACAGGCCAAAUACCACUCUAGGUCUGAGUUACAUUUGACAGUAUGGUUUAGCAAGUUUUUAUAUAGAUGUUUUGUUAAAUGUACAAUUACUAGUUUGCUAAACAUGCGUCUACCCCAAAUUGUAUGCGUUGCUGGUGGCUACAAUGACUCAAUUUAUGAGGACAUUCAUAAAAAGAGAUGCUUUUUGAUCAUGGAUUACAAAACAAUUAUAGUGAAAAUACAUUGUAGCCUGUAAAUAGUACAGCGAGCAAAUGAUGCUUUGUCAUUACAGCUCACCAUUUGAAGCACAUAUCUCACCAUGUUUCUUAACUUUUAAAUCCGAUCUAGCUGUCUCUAAAGGCUGGCAUGUCUCAUCAGUCUCGUAGACUUCAAAGACCUGUUUUCUAUUAAGCUACUGCUUCGUUUACAGUUAUGGUGGUGAUAUUUCUAAGGGAAGCACGUGAGACGGUUAAGCAUGUGAGUGCUUUGCUCAGCGAAAUGCUUUUUCUUAGAUAGUGUCAUGAAAAGAAGGCUGUGUCAGAGCUCUAUGAGCCAGGAACACAAUGGAAUUGUGAGAACGUGUGGCUAUUUAAAAUGUUGAUGUUAUGUAAUUAAAACCACAGUUGACUAAUAUUUACACAAACAUAAACAAAAGGGUAUCCCUUUGACUAAAAUACUAGAUGAGGAAUAAAUGUAAAUUGUAAAAUAUAGAUUUUUGUUUUUUUCUGAAGAUGUUAAAAGUUUGUUUACAGCUGAACUAUGAUUGAUUGACAAACACAAAAAAUAGAAACUUUCCACCUUAAUGUCUUCCAUUAUGACCAUGGAACGUACCUCAAAUUUAUUUAGUCAAAAAUAUUGUUGGAGCUUUGAAGUUGGCAACAGAAAUCAAUGUAUUUGAGCUUAUUUUCCACAUUUGUGUCAUGAGCUCAUGUUUGAUCUGUGUUUCCACAAGCAGGGUUGUGUUGCUGUUGUCUUUUACACAAUGGUGGGAGUGCUUGUUCAAAUGACAGCUAUGGACAUCAGUUGCAGAGGGUGUUGCAACACUGGGAAUCUAAGGUAAAAACCCUGGUGGAUUUACUAUGCGAGUUAUUCUUCAAUUUCUCUUUAAACAUGUCAUUUUGCUGUAGUUCAUUGAAUAACUAUAAAAUAAAUUGGAGUUAAAUAAGAGUUAUCUUUUAAAAAUCCAACUGGUUACAAUGAUGUAAAAGUCACAUUCCUCCCUGCCUUCUGUUGCUGGGCUUUUUGCUGACUUACAGGACAGGAAUGCAUUGUGCUAGACUGGUUAAUUUU